AUGUCAGGCACUAGAACGCAGGUUGCAGACUCAUCCACGUCGCCACCUUUAAUUGAUAAUCGUCGACUCGAUUAUUCUGCACUGAAAUUCACAUAUGUCGACGGAUCUGAUGAUGAAAGUGCGAUUACAUCGGAAUUGCCGUCGUGUGUUUACGCUGCUGCCAGAAGCCGUCUUCAGCUGCCUUUGGCUGCCUAUGUUCAUCAGCAUUCUCGACAAAUUCAUACAGAUGGUCUUCUGGACACAUCAAUGGAGCCGGAAUAUCAGUGCGGAGGGUCACCAUACCGCGUACAACGGGCGGCGGCGAACGUCCGCGAACGACGGCGAAUGCUGAGGUCCGGACCCAAUGGCAGUAUAAACUCGGCGUUCGACGAGUUGCGGGUCCAUGUUCCAACAUUUCCGUACGAGAAACGACUUAGUAAGAUUGACACUCUUCGGCUUGCGAUAGCAUAUAUCGCACUUCUUCGAGAGGUCCUGGAUGCAGAUUACGAUCCCUUAACUUAUGUUGAGAAAUGUCUACGAGGUGAAAUCAAGGCCGAUCGUGCACAUUGGAAUACUAGUGAUUUGACCGCAAGAUUAUCGUGGAUUAAUUGGGAGAACUUAGGAGUUAAUCCCCAACGAAGGAGUGUCUUGACAUCGCUGGCCCUUAGUUCUGAAAAUAUGCAGUAUCCUCAUAACUGAUGCAUUUUUUUUUGGAUUAUGUUAUUCAUGUAUUAGUAAUUAGACAUUAAUUUUAUGUUUUGAAUUAGAAAAGUAGGUCUGCUUCUAGUAUGUUAACAUUAUUUACCGUUAAUACGAAAUCUAGUGCCAAGAGUACUCUGUAACUUCCGAUUGCGAUAGCGAUCCUGACUCGUCGAUCAGUAUCGCUGGAAAUUACAGAGUACCGGUGCAAGCCA